AUGAAUACGUCGAUAUCACCAACACCUACGAUCACGGAAACGCCGCAGGGGAGGUUGGAUGAGAAGGACGUUGAGAAGGCUGCCUCUGCUAUGCCCACGCCUCAAGCGGCAACUACUCCCAAUGCUACAACAGGACUAUCCGCGGAAGGACGUACGAGGAAGUUCGACUUCUGGUUCCUACCUAUACCGAAACGACUACGCUACGAACCCGAACGGAAGGUUCACUUUGGGUUGCUUCUCAAUUGCAUCUUCGGCUUCGCCAGUACAUUCAUCGUAGCGAACUUGUACUAUUGCCAGCCGAUCCUGAUUGAACUAGCCGCAUACUUCAACGUGGACUAUGACCGUAUAUCGCGCAUACCUACCUUGGUCCAGGGAGGUUACGGCUGUGGUCUACUACUCGUAGCACCGAUGGGGGAUCUUGUCCCGCGGAGACCGCUUUUGCUCGGCACCAUCGUCAUUGCAUUCUCUCUCACAAUCGGUCUGGCCACCACGACCUCCCUCGUCGCUUUCGAAAUCAUCACCUUCUUCACCGGUAUGGCCAGUGUCGCCCCGCAAAUUCUCAUCCCUCUCGCCGCCGAUCUUGCACCACCCGAACGCCGUGCUUCAGCCAUGGCACUUGUGCUCGGUGGCUUGCUAUUUGGUGUUCUGCUCGCUCGUGUGCUAGCAGGCCUGAUUGCGGAGUUCGCCAGCUGGCGUGACGUUUACUUCAUGGCGCUUGGAGUACAGGCUACUGUGUUCACUGCCCUCUGGUCCACGCUACCGGACUAUCCGGCAAAGAAUCCGCAGUUGACGUAUUUCCAUAUUCUGGGCAGCAUGGCGAAACUCGUAGUCACGGAGCCACGACUCAUACAGGCGUGCAUCGUUAGCUUUGCCAGUAACACUUGCUUCACGUGCUUCUGGGUGGUUCUCACGUUCCUUCUCGGCAACUCGCCGUACAGCUACUCGACACUGGUAAUCGGACUAUUUGGUCUUGUAGGAGCAGUAGGGGUGUCGUUGUCGCCCCUAGUCGGACGACUGGUCGACAAGAUGGUACCCUGGUAUAGCGCGUUAUUUGCUACAUGCAUGCUUACAAUUACCAUGGCGAUAUAUUGGGGCGCAGCGGGCGUGAACAUCGCUGCAGUCGUCAUUGUGACGAUAGGGUUGGACGUAUUCCGACAGCUACAGCAAGUUAGCCUCACGACGAGUGUAGUGAGCAUCAGCGCACCGAUGCGCGCACGAUUGAAUAGCGUUCUCAUCCUCUCGCUCUUUGCAGGUCAAGUCACUGGAUCUGCCGUCUCUGCACAGAUCUACACCAAGUACGGCUGGCGCGCUGUGGGCGCUUUCAUGUUCGCAUUCUCCGCGUUCCAGAUCCCAGUCUUGCUCAUGCGCGGCCCGCACACGCGUCGCUAUACGUGGUUCGGUCACGAGGGUGGGCUCGAGUUCAGGAAGAGUGUCGCGCUAGCGCGAGAGAAGGAGAGGGAGGAGAGAGAACGUGCUGGUGCUGAACGGGCGAGCGGCGCCGAUGCCGACAGCACGCGACAGGAGACCGCUGCUGCACAUGCUCACCCCAUGGUGGACGAGAAACGCGACGACCCUUCGACGAGCGUAUGA